GAAGACGAACCUAGAAUUGAAUAGACCAAUAAAAAGCUACUAUAGUUGAGUUGAAAGUUGAAACCUCUAAUUGUUGUUUUGUUCCGCGUUUUCUAAUUCUGUCUCAAUAAAUACCUCUCAAAUCUCACUCUUAAUUCCUCUUUUUCUUCCCUUUUUCACUCUCAAAUCCUUUUCUCUACUUUACUUCCGCAUCAUCAAAACGCUCUGUGUCAAGAGAGUGUCAUAGUGAUACUGAAACGCUGCACAACGUUUCUUCUUUCUCUUAUGGCAUGCCCCAAGAGGACCAAGAUCAAUUUUGGAUCACUCAAUUCCUCUAGUUCAUCAUCAUCAUCAUGAUUUUCCGGUUCUUUCACCCUUUCCUUCUUCUUCUCUUCACUCAAUUUGUGUUGCUGCAAGCGUUCACGGGAACGUAUGGUAUAAAUUACGGGAGGAUUGCAGAUAAUAUUCCCUCGCCGGAUGAAGUUGUUACUCUUCUCAGAGCUUCGAAGAUAAGGAACAUUAGAAUCUACGAUGCUGAUCACAGUGUUCUCAAGGCUUUUAGCGGAACCGGUCUUGAAAUUGUUAUUGGAGUUACCAAUGGACAGCUGCAAGACAUGAGUUCGAGUGCGGAUCAUGCUUUGAACUGGGUGAAAGAAAACGUGCAGGCGUUUCUUCCCGAGACACGGAUUCGUGGAAUUGCUAUUGGGAAUGAAGUUUUGGGUGGGUCUGACAAUGCUUUGUGGGGGGUUCUUUUGGAUGCUGCGAAAAAUGUUUAUAAUGCUACGAAGAAACUUCAUCUGGAUAAGAUAAUUGAGAUUUCUACCGCUAACUCGUUUGCUGUUUUUCAAGAUUCUUACCCUCCAUCCUCUUGUAAAUUUGACAAUAAUGUUAAGCAGUACAUGAAGCCGCUAUUAGAGUUCUUCCAACAAAUUGGAUCUCCUUUCUGUUUGAAUGCAUACCCUUUCCUAGCUUAUGUGAGUAAUCCAGAGGAUAUUGAUAUAAAUUAUGCUCUUUUUCAACCAACAAAGGGAAUUUAUGAUCCAAAGUUUAAACUGCAUUACGAUAACAUGCUCGAUGCUCAGAUCGAUGCAGCUUAUGCUGCUUUGGAGGAUGCUGGAUUUCAUAAAAUGGAAGUCAUAGUUACGGAGACAGGGUGGGCCUCUGCAGGAGACCAAACCGAACCUGGAGCAAACGUGACUAAUGCGAGGACGUAUAAUUAUAAUUUGCGCAAGAGGCUUGCAAAGAAGAAAGGAACCCCGCAUAGGCCUAAAAAUGUUGUAAAGGCAUACAUUUUUGCAAUCUUCAACGAGGAUUCGAAGAACGGUCCUACCUCCGAGAGGAAUUAUGGAUUGUUCAAGGCUGAUGGGAGCAUAUCAUACAAUGUCGGGUAUCAUGGACUUAAUGCUGGAUAUUCAUCUCAUUUGUCUCUUAAGGAUAUCAAUACUCAAGGUCUGUCGCGGUCGUACACGAUCACUAUGAUAUUGUGUUUAUCAGCGCUGAUAUUGAUGAUUUUCUAGAGUUUAGUUUCCACGGCAAUAAAGUGAUUUUUUUUGCCUUGGCUUUACUUGCUCUCUCAGUGUAGAUCAAAAUUAUGCCAUUAUUGAUGAUUGCCAUAUUUCAUAAAGCAAAAUCUAGAAAUUUUGAUGUAUUUUAUCUAUAUUUAGAAAACUCAUAAUCAUAAUCAUAAUUAUUUCUUCUCAUAAAA